GACCAAUAUCAGGUUGCUGUGAACACAGUAAUGAAUAAUCAGAUUACAUAAUAGAAAAAGUUAGUGCACAUUAAUGUGGGCAUUGCCAGGAGGAAAACUGUAAUUUUGCAUUAUAGUUUUCUCACCUGUGAUGUAGAGUACAUGUGUACGAUUUUUCACUAACAUGUCCUGACAAGAAUAUGAUACUUCCUUUAGCCUGUGUACAAAUUGUAAUAUGAAAUGCUACGUUUAUAUAAUGUAAAUUGGCUAUUUUUCACUAAAUGUGUCAUUAUUUAACCAAGUUUAACUACCUUGUAGAAGCCCGUUAACAUUUGUACCAACGUUACAUAUAGUUUUCUCCAGUCUUGCUUCCUCCAUGUUUUAUCUCAGCUGUUUUUGGCCGGUACAAUUCGUCUGUUGGCUGGUUGUUCACAGCAGUUCUAGUUACGAAGUAGUUCUGAUUUAUGUUGAGUAAAGUGAACUUUAUUAUUCUGAGAAUUCUCCAACAGUUAGAAGAUGUCAUCCGUUAAGGUCGCAGUUCGGGUUCGACCCUUCAACAACCGCGAGAUCUCGAGAGAGUGCAAGUGCAUUAUCGAGAUGGGCGGUAGCACUACAUAUAUCAUCAAUCCGAAAGUUCCACCUGGAUCCAAAGAUGCAACUAAAAACUUCAACUACGACUAUUCAUAUUGGUCACAUAAUGUAUCAGAUCCAAAUUUCUCAUCACAAAUUAUGGUUUACAAGGACAUAGGAGAAGAAAUGUUGCAGCACGCGUUUGAAGGUUAUAACGUUUGUAUAUUUGCGUAUGGACAAACUGGUGCUGGGAAAUCGUACACUAUGAUGGGAAGGCAAGAGGAGGAGGGUCAAGAAGGAAUCAUUCCACAGAUCUGCAAGGAUCUCUUCCGACGAAUUCGAAAUACAUCGUCGGAAGAAUUAAAAUAUUCUGUUGAAGUGAGCUACAUGGAGAUUUACUGUGAACGUGUGCGAGACCUGCUCAAUCCCAAGAACAAGGGAAACUUACGUGUAAGAGAACACCCCCUGCUAGGUCCAUAUGUGGAGGACCUUUCAAAACUUGCUGUCACUUCGUAUCAAGAUAUCCAUGACCUUAUAGAUGAGGGUAACAAAGCACGGACUGUCGCUGCAACAAACAUGAAUGAGACUUCAAGUCGGUCACAUGCAGUGUUCACCAUAUUCUUCACACAGCAACGCAAUGAUAAGACCACAGAGCUCUCUACAGAGAAAGUGAGUAAGAUCUCCCUGGUUGAUCUGGCAGGAUCUGAGCGAGCAGACUCAACUGGAGCCAAGGGCACACGUCUCAAGGAGGGUGCUAACAUCAAUAAGAGUCUGACCACACUUGGGAAGGUCAUCUCUGCACUUGCAGAAGUGGCGGCAACUAAAAAGAAAAAGAAGGCUGAUUUCAUUCCUUACCGAGAUUCAGUUUUGACUUGGCUUCUGAGGGAGAACCUUGGUGGAAACUCUAAAACAGCUAUGAUAGCAGCAAUUAGCCCAGCUGACAUAAACUAUGAUGAAACCCUGUCAACUCUCAGGUAUGCUGAUCGAGCAAAACAGAUUGUAUGUAAGGCCGUUGUCAAUGAGGAUGCUAAUGCUAAACUCAUUCGUGAACUGAAGGAAGAGAUCAUGCGCCUGCGUGACUUGCUGAAGGCAGAAGGCAUUGAAGUUCAAGAAGGGCCAGAUGGUAAAGUCAUGUAUGAAAAGAAAGAGAAUAACAAUAAGAAUAACAAUAGGGAAGAAGGCACAGGGAUGAAGGUUAUGAAACGAGAUAGUGACCGCCAGCUUGCAGCUCCAGCAUCCACCAUUGCUGAAGAGGCAGUGGACCAGUUGCAAGCUAGUGAGAAGCUGAUUGCUGAAUUGAAUGAAACGUGGGAAGAGAAGCUGAAGCGCACAGAAACGAUCAGGCUGCAGAGAGAGGCUGUGUUUGCAGAAAUGGGAGUUGCAGUCAAAGAAGAUGGAAACACAGUUGGUGUCUUCUCUCCAAAGAAGACUCCACAUCUCGUGAAUCUGAAUGAAGACCCCUCAAUGUCAGAGUGCUUACUGUACUACAUUAAGGAUGGUUUCACUCGUGUCGGCUCUGCGGAAGCCAAUAUUCCACAAGACAUCCAACUCAGUGGUUCCCAUAUUCUCAGUGAACACUGUGUUUUUGAGAACCAUGAAGGAGUUAUCACCAUGACACCUAAAGAAGGGGCACUCUGCUAUGUCAAUGGCAGGGAAGUGAAGGAAACUGUUGUUCUCAAGACUGGCUCUAGAGUGAUUCUCGGCAAGAACCACGUCUUCAGGUUCAAUCACCCUGAUCAGGCUCGUGAGCGUCGGGAGAAAACAUCACCAGCUGAAAAUUCAGCUCCAGAUCAUACUGAGAAAACUUCUCCAGCUGAAACCCCAGGAAAUGGAGAAACUGUGGACUGGAACUUUGCACAGAUUGAGCUGCUGGAGAAACAGGGAAUUGAUCUAAAGGUAGAGAUGGAAAAGAGGCUUCUUGUGCUAGAAGAACAGUUCCGUAAAGAGAAGGAAGAGGCAGAUCAGCUCUUUGAAGAGCAGCGCAAGAGCUAUGAAGCAAGAAUUGAUGCACUUCAAAAGCAAGUGGAAGAACAGAGUAUGACAAUGUCCAUGUACAGCUCUUACACCCCAGAAGACUUUAACAAUGAAGAAGAUAUAUUUGUCAACCCCUUGUUUGACGCAGAGUGCAACUGGAGUGAUCGUGAGUACCAGCUGGCUGCUUGGGGAUUUAGGAAGUGGAAGUACCAUCAGUUCACUUCCUUGCGGGAUGAUCUCUGGGGAAAUGCCAUAUUCCUCAAGGAGGCUAAUGCAAUCUCUGUUGAGCUGAAAAAGAAGGUGCAGUUCCAGUUCACCCUUCUCACAGACACAUUGUAUUCACCUUUACCAGCUGAUUUGCUGCCUGCACUGGAUGAGGAGGACGAUGAGGAUAGACCAUUUCCUCGUACCAUUGUGGCAGUGGAGGUGCAAGACACUAAGAAUGGGGCCACCCAUUACUGGACCCUUGAGAAACUCAGACAUCGCUUGGAACUCAUGCGUCAUAUUUACAACGAAGAUCUUAGCCCCGAGACACCGGAGGCGAAGGAUGACUUUUUCCAAUGUCUUUCUGUCUGUGCUAAUCAGAAGUUCUCGCUUGCAAAUCUUUUGCCUUCGAGGUUGGUGCUUACUAGCAAAAUACAGCGACUGGAGUUGAUGAGGGAGAUGUACCACAAUGAAGCUGAAUUAUCUCCAACGUCACCAGAUUACAACAUUGAGUCUCUGACAGGAGGGGACCCUUUCUAUGACCGCUUCCCAUGGUUUAGGAUGGUUGGCAGAGCAUUUGUGUAUCUCAGCAAUUUAAUGUAUCCAGUCCCAUUGAUCCAUAAGGUUGCUAUUGUUAAUGAGAAGGGGGAUGUGAAAGGAUUUCUCAAAGUUGCUGUUCAGGCUGUCAUUGAAGAGGAGAACAGUGAAUACUUGAGUGGUGUAAGGCAGUCAGCUCGCAUAUCAUUUGAUGACGAACUUUUCAUCGGUCAGCAACGCCCCUCUAAACGCAACAUACUCUCGGCUCAGACAGAAAGAAAUCAGCAGCACAUAGAUGAAAGGGUGGUAGAGGGACAAGGCAACAUCCAGGAUUCCUGCAAGGAUUCACAGGUUAUUCCAGACAAAGUGGAGGCUGAAGACAAUGGCAAGGAUUCUUGCAAAGCUGAAGAUAUCUGUUUGACAGAGAUUGAUGGUGAUACAGAUAGUGGUCGAGGUGACAGUUCUGUGUCGUCUGAUGCGAAGGAGGAAGAUUUACCAGAACACCUGCAGGUUGGCAAUGAGUUCACAUUCAGAGUCACAGUUCUGCAAGCUGUUGGCAUAUCAACAGAGUAUGCCGAUAUCUUCUGCCAAUUCAACUUCCUGCACCGGCAUGAUGAAGCCUUUUCUACUGAACCAGUUAAGAACACAGGAAAAGGGCCACCAUUGGGUUUCUAUCAUGUCCAAAAUAUAACUGUGACAGUAACUAAAUCCUUCCUGGAAUACUUGAAGUCUCAGCCAAUUGUGUUUGAAGUGUUUGGCCACUAUCAGCAGCAUCCACUACACAAAGAUGCCAAGCAGGAGGGUGGACAGUACGUGCGCCAGCCUCCCAAACGGAUGCUUCCCCCAUCUAUCCCUAUCAGUCAGCCAGUGCGGUCACCCAAGUUCGGGGUUCUGCCAUCACCCAGCACCAGCCAUGUUCAUGCCAAGUAUGACGUUUUGGUCUGGUUUGAGAUCUGUGAAUUAGCUCCAAAUGGAGAGUACGUGCCAGCUGUAGUGGAUCACAGUGAUGAUCUGCCCUGCCGUGGCCUGUUCCUCUUACAUCAGGGGAUCCAACGUCGUAUUCGCAUUACGAUUGUACAUGAGCAUGCUACAGAGUUGAGGUGGAAGGAUAUCCGAGAAUUGGUUGUUGGUCGUAUCAGAAACACCCCAGAACCUGAGGAGGAAGACAACGACAGUUCUGUGUUGUCCUUGGGACUCUUUCCUGGUGAAUAUGUUGAGGUUCCUGGAGAUGAUCGCUGUAUGUUUCGCUUUGAAGCUGCCUGGGACAGUUCCUUACAUAACUCAGUGCUGUUAAACAGGGUUACAUCAUAUGGGGAGCAGAUUUUCAUGACAAUCUCAGCAUAUCUGGAGCUUGAAAACUGUGGCCGCCCAGCCAUCAUCACUAAAGAUCUGAGCAUGAUAAUUUAUGGCCGUGAUGCCAGGACAGGUCCUCGCUCAUUGAAACAUUUAUUCUCUGGGAACUAUCGCAAUGCAGAAGCAAACCGGUUAUCUGGCGUGUACGAGCUGGUACUGAAGAGAGCAUCGGAAGCAGGUAGCCCAGGAGUUCAGCGUCGCCAGCGUCGGGUUCUAGACACAAGUUCAACAUAUGUGCGUGGUGAAGAGAAUCUACAUGGGUGGAGGCCUCGUGGUGACAGCCUCAUCUUUGACCACCAAUGGGAGCUGGAGAAACUGACGAGGCUGGAAGAAGUGGAGCGUGUACGUCACAUGUUACUCUUGCGGGAGCGGUUAGGAAUUGAUAAAAGUAUGCAGAUCACUCGUAGUUGUGACUUUACCAAAUCAGAAAAGGAAGUAUGUAACAUGGUAGCCAAGGCAACAAAUGAGGGCCGAGCCAGCCCUGUGGUGCUGAAGUCUCCCAGCAAAGAUGUGUAUGAGCCAUGGGAAAUGACUGAGAAGGAGAGUGAGCUUAUACUGAAGUGUGUGAAACUAAUACAGGGGAGGAUACCAAGUAAGGAUUUGCCUAGCACAAAACACAACGACGUGUCUCCAAGUGAAGAGGCUACAGACAUGAGCACUAGUCUUAUUUCCAGUUCAUCAGUAGAAUUGUGUUCACCAGAGAAGACUCGAACAGUAUUACCAGAACAAUAUGUAUUCUCAAAUGGGUCCACUGGUGAUGGGCAGUGCACACCUCAGGUCCCUCAUCCUGCAAAUAACUCAUCUCCCAGCCGGGAGCAGUUGGUCCUGUAUGUGCCUGAGAUGGAGGAGAUCCGCAUCAGCCCAGUUGUUGCCAGGAAGGGUUAUCUCAAUAUCCUGGAGCAGAAAACAAAUGGCUGGAAGAAGAGAUGGGUGGCAGUGCGACGACCCUAUGUGUUCAUUUUCCGUGAAGAGAAGGAUCCUGUAGAACGUGCACUCAUCAACCUGGCAACAGCACAAGUGGAGUACUCUGAAGACCAGCAGGAGAUGGUAAAGGUGCCAAACACAUUCAGUGUUGUUACAAAGCAUAGAGGCUUUUUACUUCAGACACUGGGAGACAAGGAGGUGCAUGAAUGGCUGUAUGCUAUCAACCCCUUGUUAGCAGGUCAGAUCAGAUCCAAGCUGGCUCGAAGGCGCCCUAUUAUUCCCCCUAGUCUCCCUGCCCCACAGCCAUUAUUGGAAAUGGCGAAAUGAGAGAGCCAGCACAUACAGCAGCAUGGGCUAAGUGGUCUAGUCAAAUGGUUUCUCUCUUUGUAUUAUAAGAACCAUCUUUUAAAAAUGAUUAUGGACCAGAGGCUCUGAAAGAUGGGGAGCCAUUCUGUACCAACAUAUGGCAAUAUAUGUUAAAAUUGAAUAGCACAGAACCAUGUCUUCUUUGUUAUGUAUGCUACAGAAUAAUUUUACUGUGUUUGUAUUCUUGCAUUUUAAAAACAGUCAGAAAGCAGAUGUCAGUGCAGACAUGAAGAUAUGAAAUAGCUACAUAGUAACAGAUUGAUUACAUGUAGGUCAUUGGCAUGUGGUGCUCUUUCAAUGUUCAUCUUGCAUUACCAUAUGGUGGUAUGUAAUCAUCUGAAUGUGGUUGCAGGAAGGUACAUUACUCUCUUCCCUCGGGUGGGCCCCCACUAGUCAACCCCCCUGGCAUGGCCCAUUCAACUACCUGCUCAUCAAAGUCUCUCUUUUCUUGCCUGUGUUCCAUUCCGUGUUGAACAAAUACCAAAUUUGACUGUUUUUAAAAAUCAUUAUUUUAUAAAGCAUGUUGGGUUGAAACAUUGUGCUUGUAUUAUUUAUAGAUAGGGCUGUGUUGGCCUGCUUCCACUGGACUGUAAUACUAUUAUACAUUUGGUACUUAGGAGAUCUGCUCUAAGAGCUGGAAAAUUGUUUUUAAGAAAGUUACAAAUCAUGAGACACUUAAGACAACUUUAGAUAUAGUUCUGUAAUACAAUGUGAGCUUUAAAUUUGAAUGAUCUAAUUAUCAAAUGGUUGUGAGCAAAAUACAGUAAUAGUUGAACAGAUCAAGAAAUUGUAGUCAUUUGGUGUUGAAUGACUGAAUAUAUGUAAAUAUACAGUUUGCUAAAAGGAAGAAAAUGCCCAUGCCUUGCAGAUUACCUUUUUUUUGGGGGAGGAGAGAUUUUAUUUAGAUGGAAGUUUAAGGAGAUAUAUUCAGUAGUCAAAUGCUAAUUUUAUUUUAAAUUACUGAAUUUUUUAUUACAUAUAUAACUUUUCAACAAGAUGUGUUAAAUAUGGUUUGGCUAUUAUGAAUUGUGGGAUGUAUUAUUUUCCAAAGAAAUCUCUGUGGCCAGUGGAAGUGGGUAUUGGUACAUUACUUGUGUCACUGUAUAUUGUCCUGCUCUAGUAAUUAAUGUAAUUGUGCAGCUGCUUUUCCCACAAUUCUGAAUAUAACGUUAUUGUGCUUUGUGCUCAGAAUUCACUAAAUGCUGAGAGGAACUUGCAGGAAAAAUGUUCUCACAUUUAUUAUAUGUAAUAACAAGUGUUAUUUUAACACUGACUGGAAUCACAUACUGGAUAUAAAUAUAUACUGGAAGGGGGAAGACCUGAUAUACUUUGCAUACAUUCUAGUUUAUUGCCUUUGGCAUUGUUGUACUGUAAAUAAAACUACAUAUUAUAAUAUAUAUGUAAACCUUAUUAGUAUCAAUGGGUGGUGCAAUUGUUUGCAAAAGAAGUAUAGAGAAAUGUUUAAACUGGGUGCUCAGAAAGUUGGUUACCGUACUUUAGACCACCUAUGCACACCAUUGCGUGAUUUGUUAAUGUUAAGCAUAACCUUGCGAUGUGAGGAAAGUAUCUUCUUGCUUUGGUAGCUUGGUAUCAGUUCUAUUCAGUUCAGUUUUUUCCGUGUUUGUGCUUAAUAUAUAACUUUCUGACCAAAAGAGAAAGUCUAAUGAUACAUGUAGGGCCUUGUACUUGCUCACUGUCAGUUGAUUUUAACAUUCUUCACAUAAAUAAUACCAUACACUCUUGGUAAGUAUGAGGUACGAGACAUUAUUGCUAUAUGAAUACGAUCCAAGUCAAACUUGUUUUGAAAACAUAUCGAUAUUGGCGUGGUCUGGAAUACUAUUUUCACUUUCUGAUCAUUCAUUUAAUAAAACUUAAAUUGUUAAAAGAAUAUUAUUGUACAGUAUUAUGUUUUAUGUUAUUUUAAAUGUCUGCAUUAUAUAAAUAGUAUAGUUUCUGUUUUCACUUCAUCUUAAAAUUUUUUUGUACAUGUUUUGGUGCCAGGAAAUAAGUUGGUUGUUAAGGCUAUAAUUUAAAUUAUAGAAAGUAACUAUUAUACUGUCUCUUGUUAAUUGAGUGCAUCAUCUGCAAGUGCUGUGGUACACAGUAAUAAUACAGGGAUGGACUUCUUCUCCUACUCCACAGAAACAGAUUUACACACCUCAUUUACCAACUAUAUCUUUUGGUCUGAAAUAUUUAACUGGUUUUCUUAUAAAUUUUAUCAAGAAGUCUUAAUUUAACUUUGGUUGGCAUUCUUUUUCUCAUACAUGUGCCAUACUUUCUAAUUGGAUGCUGGUUGAUACAGUCAGUGGAUGAGUACUGCAGUUUUGUUGUGUAUUUAGCACUAAUUUUAUUUUGUUCCUGAAAAUGCUGGUCAUUUAUUUGUUUUUUUAUUAGUAUUAUUGUUGUUUUAUUGUAAAUUUCAAAAGUCAUAUAAAUUAAUAUUAUUUUAUAAAUUAUUUAUGUUCCUCUGGAAAGCUAUGUAAGUGGAAUAAAUAAAAGCUUUAAAAAUA